AUGCAUCUACAAGGCCUAAGGUAUUCUGUAUGUGCUUUAUUAUUGGCUUUCAUACCAAAAUGCUAUGCUCCACCAAUCCAACAAGACAGCAUCGAAUCAACCAAUACAAUGGCUAUCAUUUCAAUUCUACGAACAGUUAUGCUCGGUUACAUGACACAUGUGGUAACAGUUCGAUCUAUAAGUGGGGUUACCGAACUCCCUACUCUCUACCGCCGUAUACUGGCGUUUAUAUACCCUUCCAGCGGAAUAGGCCUAGCAUUGAGCUCGAUAUACAAAGCGAUUUAUGGAGAACGAGUACUCGGAGUUGCCCAAUACAGUUACAUUCUACGAAAAUACGAAAAGGAAAAUAAUUCCAAAAGUACCAAGGGAGACAAUAAUGUGCAGACCUCAACCACCCCCACCUUAUUACAAUCCCCGGAUAUUUCAGAAUCCAGGUCUACAACAGAAAACAUCAAAGACAAAAUUGACAAGGGUUAUAACGUGGAUUCAGAAACACUUCUUUCAAAUGUCAUUCAGCUAAGGGAUCGGCUAAUGAAAGACCUAAAGGCCAGUGGUAUUAAUGUUGAGAAAGACAACAAUGGCCCCUAUCUUGUAGCCUUUUUACAUGCGAUUGGCCCCGAAAGAGCAAAGAAAACAAAGCACUGUAUUUUGAAUGGGUCUUUGACAUAUGGUUCCAAUUCAAAUGAUAUUUCCAAGUCCACGAGAUCCUGUCGUAAAACCGAAGAUAUAACGGUCGUUGGCCCCGGUGCAUCUUGCAGAUAUCAGCACUCCGUAGAAAAAGUAUGGCUUCAUUUUAGUUCAACGGAUGUAAUCGAUCAGCUUGAAAUGGCCUACCAUAUAGAUGAUACUUCUUACGUUGAAACGUUUGUUACCAUUGGACAGUUAUUAUUUACCACAAUCGAGUGCAUGAACAUUGAUGGAGAAAAAUGGGUCAAGGUCAUUAUUAUUAUAUAUACCGCAAUGUCAAUCCUUCAGACCGUUUCUCUUGUUGUUUUGCACAAACAAAUAUCGGCUUUUAGCGUCAAAUACUAUCCGAAUCCUUUUGAACAUAAACCUACAGACUACAAAGUUGAAAUAGAUUCGCUAGACGAGUCCUAUAUUGAAAGCAAUAACGGAGAAAAACUACCGCGAGAAAACAAGGGCACACCCUUGACUGUGGAAGAGCGCAAAGAAUUUGACAGACUCACCAACAAUAAUGACCUAGACGAUUUUGAAGUCGGUCUAUACUCUAUGGUUCUGGGAACAAUAUCGUCCUUGUUGCUUGGUAUAUGGGCUGGUUAUAAUAAGCAUACCUUAACAGAAUGGCUUGUAUUAGCUUGGGUCCUUAGCCCUAUCUUUUUAACUGUUCUUACUAUACCUGUUAUGGGUCUCGGUAAUCAAUAUGACGAUAUAGGAGAUUUGUGGCUAGAAUUGAUAUUGGGGAUUUUUUCAGUUGGUGCUAUUGGAUGUCUAAUGGCUGCCACAAUUAUUGGAUAUCUACCAAAAUAA